GGUUGUAUUAAGAGUGAACACAGGAAAAAGUAUGUUGUUUAUGUGAGCGCCAUGUGUAGAGAGCCAAGUUUAAACUUAAAAGAAGACAGCUAGGCAUUCCCUGUCCUAACUAUGCACAUGUAUUCAUAACAUAAAAUUAGCAGGAAAAAUGGACGAUGAACACGUACGAGACUACACAGAACCGUGUCCUCGGUGCAGUGAGGUCAACUGGGGUAUCACCGACGAAGGCAAGUUUUACUGCCAGUCCUGUCACACGGUGAUUGAGAGAUCAAAAGAAGUUACUUCUGCAGACACAUUUACACCAUCUGCUCGAAUAAGCUCUGUGUCUAGAGGGAUCAGAGGAAAACGGAAAGUAGAACAAGGACGCCUGUGGUACUUGUGUGAGGGUUUUCAGUUUAUUCUAACUCGACAAGCUGAUGCUAUCAAAGCCCUAGGAGUCUGCGCACAAUUCAAAGAUAAAAUUCUUUGUAGUUUGUGGCGUCUGUAUCUGCAUAAAAGCCAACAGGCAUAUACUGACAAGCCAAUACAGAGUAAAUUCAAAGAGUGCUAUCAGCUACUGAGUAGUGGAUCGGAAUCCAAUACUAUCAAUGAAUUGUCCUCUUUUUCUGAAAGUGAGAAUGGAAGCAGAUCUCCAGAUGAGAACUCGGACAUUGCUUCAGAAUCCAAAGCUUCAUCUUUGUCAGAUUUUGAUGAUAAUACAUCUCUGUUUUCUGGUUCCAUUGAUGGAAGCCUUUAUAAAUCCUUUAGGAAGGGAAAUCAGAUGUAUAUGAGUAUGCCAAUGACUCUGGCUUUUUGCUAUCUAUCUUUGCUGUGGCUUAGAGAGUCUAUGACACUGUCUGAGCUUCUGAAAUACGUUGCUGACGGACAAAUUCCUUAUCUCAACAUGAACCAGUUUUUUCCUGAAGAAAUUAAACUUUAUGGCAUGGAUUUGCACAUAUUUUAUGUUCAGAAAAUUCCUACAUACAAUUCUGUACAGCAGUGCAUGGUUCGUUUGGCUUGGUUUCUGGGCUUGCCUGGUUUUCCACAAAUUACUGAACACUGUUAUUUUCAUCCGAACAUCCUUUGCAUAAAGUAUCUUAUGGAAGCCAACUUACCAGAUGAAAUGCAUACCUGGAUUUGCCGCUUGGCAUUCAAAACUGGGAUUUCAAAUGUGGCCUCACUGACAUUUAACCCAACUACUAAACAGGCAAAGCCAAUCUAUUAUGAAGUAAAAGCUUGUGCCUUAAUAAUCGUAAUGUUAAAACUGCUUUUCCAGCUGGAUGAUGUGAAAGAAUGGUGUUUAUCUGAGGAGGCAGAGACGUGUAAUAUGAAAACAAAAGGUGUACAGUGUUUCAGUUUCCAAAAGUGGUAUGAAACAAUGUCACAGGCCUUGGAGGAGGCAAAACAAAAAGAAAAAGAAAAAAUAGCCAGGAAAUCUUGGAAACUGGAAAAACCUUUUUACUAUAUACCGAAACAGAAAUAUUUAAUCCUCAAAAAAAGACGUUUUGUAAACAACCUUGAAGAUCAAUUUGCUAAGCUUUCUGGGUCUGAGAAGGUCUCUCCCACUCCAGUUAGUUCCAGCUUUCAGUUUGUCUGGAAUAACGAGAGAGGACAAAAGUCAUGUUUUCACGGACACACUUUAAAUUUUUUAAUCAGCAAAGAAUCAAAACAGUAUACGUUUCUGGACACCAACUACUGGUAUACUCCUUCCCAAAUCUGCAAACAAGAGUCUUGCCAGGGGCAUUUCUACUUGGAUGUGGAGAGGCUGCCGAAAAGCUGCCAAUUUGUGCUCAGUUUGUUCUGCUUCUUGCUGAAAGUAGAGAUGAGUACUUUAUAUCAAGAAGUGACCCAAAUUGAACAGAAGUUAGUACAAUCAAAGGGCAAAAAGAAAUCUUCACAGAGAAAUCCAAAAGCUCCGACCUCCUAAGCCACCGGACGGAGGAAAAGAGUAGAAGAUCUCUGGCACUCAGGUGACUCUGAAAUCUGCUGAGAUGGGACUCUGUUUACACUGUUUACUAUAUCAGCCAAUGUUCUAAAAGAGCUUUAUUUGCUACUGUAAUGCUCUCAAAUAGGAAUAUCUCAAAUUGUAUAA